AUCAGUUGCAGUUGUUUUCGGGAACGACAGAUUGUGUGACUCGGGUCACAUCGAGCUGAACUUUUAUUCUAGUUUGGUGGAUGGUAAAGUGGUAGUGUCUAGUUUUCCACUUCCGAGUGCUGUCCCCAGAUUUUCGUGAAUGUGCACUCAGCGUAGGAGUAUGUAGCUAUUUUGCUGCACCCUUAGUUAGGUUCGAGUGGGUGGCUGUUUUCCGGGGAUUGUGACUGAUUUCGAGGAUUACAGAGGACUUUUGUGAAUUUAUUGUCAGCGUCGGAGGUGUCAUUCGUGGUGAAAAACUGCGAAAAUGAACAUUCGCUAAAGAACUAUCGUGCAAAUUCGUCCUUUGAGGCAGUGUAGUGAGUGAUAAGGCGAAAAAAAAGGAAAAGUUCCACAGGAGUGGUAAUCGUAUCAGCACCUAGCAUACAACUGAACCCAUUACGGGCGGAGACCGUCGGAAGUUUAGCAACUGUCGUGGAAAUAAAUUUUACUUACGGUCCCUCCGCUCCGGUAUGGCACUGUUGAUCUAUAGCUCGUUGGUUCUGUGCGUAGGUGCGGUGUUGGCCUCCCAGCACUCUCCCUACUCACUUCAGGCCGCCGUCGAUGCCCUGCACCGGCGUGAAGCCCAACUGGCACUGCGAGACGAAAGCAACGGGGAAUCGUUGGACGACGAAGGGUACUGGUUAGAGCCUUCCGAUGAUCAACCGGCGUAUCGACCGAACCGGCAGCAGUGGAAUAAGAUUCUGGCCAGCUACCUGCGCCGGGAUGACGACCUGGACGAGGCACCGUACGAUCCGUACGAGCUGGAGGCACGCAAGCGGUCCGUCUUCCGCGAACGGGAUGUUACAGCGCUCGGCGAGCUACCCGCAUAUCCAACCGUAUUCAGAGAGCGUGAAAUGGAGAAAUCCUACCAACCGCGGCCGGAUUUAUCCAACGAUUUCCUCAAGGAAAUCGACCGGCAGGCCAACAUCGAGAGGGAGGAAAAAUAUCUGGACCAGCUGAGGCAACUUUGGGACAAGUACCAACAGCAAGAGAACGAAAUCGAACAGGAACUUUUCGACGAAGAUAGGGCAGCCGCUGAAGAAGCAGCCCUCGGUGGUCCAUACUACGACAAGCGACAGGGCUACCCUGCUGUGUCGCAAUCGGAAGCGGCGGCCAUGUUCUACGGCCCACCGAUGGAGGAAAGGAAGCGAACGCUUCCGAUUCUGCCCUGGCUACCGGCGACACGGAAGAAGCGAUUCCCCGUCGCCAAGCGGUCACCGAAACCCGAAGCCAGCGCGUCCGGUACGAACGACAAGGUGGCCAAAGAUCUGCAAGCGUUGUUCGGUGAGCCCGAGGAAAGCAAGAAGAAACGAUCCAGCGAGCCGGAGGUAGAGAAGAAACAGGAGAAGGCAAAUGAGACCAAGUCCCACGAGAAACGAGACGCUAGUGGUGAACAUGCUAAACAUGAGGAGCACAGCUCGGAGGAAGACCACGAAGAUGACGAGCACGAUCAUGAACACGAUCACGACCAUGAACAUGAUCACGACCACGAUCAUGAGCGCGAUGGAGAGUCCAGCGAAGAGUUCGAAGGCGAGGAUGAAGACAAAAAGAAGCGAUCGGUGAAGAAACGAUCCAAUUUGGAAGUGGUCAAGGAAGAUCAGAUCCUCCCAGGGGACAUUGGCGAGUUCAAGGCGAAGAAGUCGAUCCAAUGGAACAAGUAUUUCGGUAUUGAUCGGAGGAAAAAAGAUGGCCGCAAUGGUGGAGCGUACCCGUUGAGUUUCUACAAGACCUACGACGAUGAUCGCAAGAAGAAGACGCUGAGUCAGGACAAACUGGAGAAAAUGAACCGGAAACUGAAGACGAUCGAGGAUUUGAUCCUGGAUCAGACGGUCAAGUACACUGGGGAUCAUGAAGGUGGUCUAAUUGAACCGGAAGAGCUGCAGAAACUGAAGGAUAAAGUUGUAUCACGUCUCGCCACGGCCUACAGUAUUGAGAAAAUGCGCCGAACCCUGGACAAGUUGAAGGAUUCGGUUGGCGAUGACGGAAAUGCGGUGCAGAAUAAUGAGAUCGACACCGACAAGCGGGAUGAUAAGAAGGAGAAAGCAAAGCGAGUGGCCGUUAAGAAGGAGAAGGCGGAGUACGAUCAUAGCGAACACUCCAUGGAACCGGUCGAGAAAGUCAGCAAAGAUGACGUGGAAAACAACCUGGACGAGCUGGACGACGAUAAGAAGAAAAAGAAGAAGAAGCGCCUCACAAAGCGGUAUCAGGAAGUUUUCCGCAACGAUGUACCGGAAUUUGAGGAGGAGUUGGGCGCCGGUCACUAUGCACCAGUUGGCGAUAGCUAUGGAAGAAAUUUAGCAGUGGAAACUAACGAGUGUCCCCUUCUGGACGCUUUGGAACGCAGAUGUAGAGGAGUUGAUGUACUAAGUGGUGACAUCUACCAGGAGCUGCUACCGGCCUGUGGAGUUCACCAGCUAUGUUAUCUAUGCGGCAAAACGCAGAGCGUUUGCGACUUCCAGUACCUGGCUGAGGCGGACAGUAUCUGCGAGGGUCAGUCCAACUGCCUGUCGACGGCACGGUCCGCCCUGAUGAUCCUGCGUGGAUUCCCGGGCCCACAGUUGGGACCACGGGAGUGUUCCAAGAACCCUUGCCUCUACCGAGCGAUGCUCGAACUUGGUGUCAGUGGAUUGUAAGCGCGCCAUAUUUGAAUUGUCUAAUACAAACCAACACACUUUCAUGCUGCAGUGCGAAACGAGAAUUUUUGGUUUGUCUCUUUGACGUCUAUGUAGGUAUUUGCUAAAAAUGAAACACUAAAUAGUGGACAAUUGGAAUGAUGGAGGCCCCCCAGUCCGCCUUCAGUCCGAUAUCGCAUAUCGAGCAACAACAACAACUCUCUUUAAUCCCCCAUGAAUGUGUGUCUGUAAAAAACAAGAUUACUCUAUCAUAAAAAAAACACAAAAUGAUGUCAGUAAAGGAUGCAUCUCUUGGGAAUGGGAUGUACUAAAGUAUUAAUUUCACUUUUGUGAAGCUUCUCAACGAAUACGAGGUAAAUUGAGUUUGAUGAACAAUUCCGAUUGUUUUGCCAAGAUGUGUGACCACUGUUGAAACAAUGAGAUUAUUUUAGUUUUAAGCACUACUUUUUAACUUUUGCGAAUGUAUUAUCGUUUGACAUUCUACAUAUUUGUGUACUAAAAAAGCGGUAUUUACAUAUAAAGUACUAAACAUUAAGAUGAAGGAUAAUCUACUUCAAAACCUAUUGUAAAACACUUUAACAAUUUUAUGAAAUAAUUAAAUGUGAUUAUAUCUGUACUAAAAUGUACUAAAAACACAUUGAGCGUUAAAAACAAGAAACCCCUUAACAAACACACCCGAAAUUGGUAACCCAUUAGUUUCAUCUCAUCUGCCGAGACACCUCCUUGUUUAAUCGAUCGAGAAUGGACGAAAAGAACGAAAUAAAUCUGACAAUAAAAUUCCAAACGAAUCCAGACGACGCCACAACACGAACCAGCAAAGUUAAGACCAUAACCUAAAAACAAAUGUAAUGUGUGCAGCUAUAGUCUUUGAAUUGUACUAAAGAAAAAUAUGAGAUUGAGAACAACUACCUAACUAUGUAAGCUUCCGUUGUUUUUUUUUUCUCCAGAGUAUCCAGAGUAAAAUAAAAACUGAAAUAUUUAGAGCAUUCCCAAAUAUUGACAAGCAUUGAAAAUGUACUGUGGCAACACUUUGCAAGUAUCUUUGAGUGGAAAAUAUUUAAUGAAAAACUAUGACGUGUUAGGUCAACACUUAUAAGUCAUAGGUAUUUAAAUCAAUGAGAAUAACAAAAAAAAAACAGAUAAUGGAAGACAAGUGAAACGAAUCUAUAUAUCUAUAAAUAUACAAACGCAGACAACAUACAAAGAUAAAAACAAAUGAAAUCUAAAGUAUGAAUGAAAUAAAGUCAGUAUUUGUUGAAACUUUAAAAACACUCCACAAA